AUGAGGCCCUUCAUCGCCUGCUCUUCGAACGACGCCGCCUAUCGUCUCCAUACUGACCCUGAAUCAGGCUCUUGUCGCUCCCCCGCAUUGGAGACAAAGACCCUCGUUGCGUCAACUCCAAAGGCCACUCGGCCGACCGAUCUGACACCGGAGACCAGAUCAUCGCCUCCAGCGGAAGAGAGAGUACCUCUUGGCUCUAGAACGGCUCAGUCGGCUCGAGAAGAUACUCGUGAGCUCAUAAGUCUUCCAUUCGUCUUUUCUGAGGUCGCCAGCUCCACUGCUGUAGCCUCCUCUUGCCUUCAUCUGCGUGUGCCUGCCAUUAAACAGGCUCGCUCUGUCCUUCUGUUGGCUCUGGAGAAGCUUGGCCUUCCGGUGGCCGAUUGCGAUGCAUUCUGUUUGGCCGAGGUGACUGUGUUUGCAGGCUCCAGUUCACCAAGCGGCCGCCGCAGUUUUCGAUACCAUUCGCUCAUUGAAAGUCCAGUCCGAAGGGACGAGCAACAAGAUGACGAGACCGCCGAGGAGACGAGCAAGUACCGGACGAGGCGAGUAAAUGCAGUGGAAUCCAAGAAGAUGAGGAAAUGGAGCGUCCAGACGGUGAGUGAAAGGAAGGAUAGAGCUGAGGAAAGUCCAAUACUGAUUCCCUUUUUGCCUUCGUUGUGGGCGAAAGAUGCAACUUGUGCACAGGAGAGACGAUCUGGUAAGGAGCGUGGCACCUGGCGAUGGAGCGGAUGCAAAAACGCCCCUGCAGGACUAAUGGACGCAGCGUUUAGUCAGACUAUGAGUGAAAGAGGUGGCCUCCGUUCUGAAGGAAGAGUCGAGAAGGAGACUGGGCUCAUGACUGAGAAGAAGCGACUGGUGAGGGACGAGGCUCGUUCCCGUUGGCAGGACAAGAUCGGCAGGCCAAACCAAACCUGGGAGACGGGAUGGCGCGAAGAGCCAAAGGACAUGGUCGACUCAGAAGGGACUUACGAGGGAAUUCUGAACUCAGGACUGGUCAUUCGACAAAGAGUGGUGCAGCCAGAGACUUUUAAUCUGGCGAGCAGGUUUGUCCAUGCCUAUUUGACAGAUAUCGUUUUCAACAUAAAGUUGAGCUUUAAGGUAUGA